GACCAUUUUAAUAUGUCCAAUCUUCUCUCAAAAAGUGAUCAACAGUUCUUUAAUAUUUGUCAUUGAUAGAACUAAAUCAAUGUCAAGAGAUAUAAAAAAUGUACUCAAAAGUGCUGACGGAUUAUUCGACGCCAUUGUUAAUUCCAAUAAAUCGGAAAUAGAAAAUUUCGUAAUGGUUACAUUUAAUGACCCAGAUGUCGAGUUACGUAUCAUAACGGAUAAGAGAGAUGAAUUCAAAACUUCGUUACGGAGUCUUCGUGCUAGCGGAGGCGGUGAUUGCCCAGAAAUGGCAAUGUCUGGGAUAGAACUGGGACUUAAAAAAGGACGCCCUUAUUCAUAUCUAUUUGUUUUUACUGACGCCACAGCUAAAGAUGUGGAUAAAUUUGAAAGAGUGAGAAAUUUAGCGCUUGAAUUAAAUACAAAGAUAAUUUUUUUAGUAACAAAAUGGCCUUGUCCAAAUCAAGUAAAUAUAGAUUUCUCACCAUACGAGAAAUUGGCUCAUGACACUGGAGGCGAAUUUUUUUUUAUGCAAAAGGAAAAUAUACCAGAGAUUAUGAAGUAUGUAAUGAAAUUAGUGGACAGUAGGAAAGUUGAAAUAUUAAAAAAACAAUUCAAUGCAUCCGAUGACAAGACAGUUGUGGUGCCUUUAGAUCCUUCAAUAGAUAACGUUCUCAUGUCAGUGACCGGUGGUGAAUCAACUGUAGAUGUAAAAGAUAAAGACAACACUACUGUUGCCACAGAGGAAAUCACAAAAAUUAAAGAUACAACGGUAGUGUCAUGGAAUAAUACAAAUCCAGGAGAUUACACGGUGGAAAUAAAUAGUACCACUAAUACAUUACUGACCAUACAUGGCACAACUAAAGUUACUUUUAGCUACGGCUUCUCUGUUACCAAGCCUAAUUAUUUCAACGAAACAACAAAUAGACCGGUUGCAGAUCAAAAGUCUUAUAUCUUGAUAAAACUUAAUACUGACGGUGAAAAAUUAAAUCUUCAAAGGUUACAAGUAGUGAAUUUAAAGGACGAUAUAUUAUUAGAUGAACUUAAGUUUGUUGCUCAGGAAGAUCACUAUUAUAUUACAGAACCAAUCAAUUUUCCGAAAAAUACUUUUAAAAUAGUGAUGAUAGCCGAGGAUGAAAAGACGAAGGAAGUAUUUAAACGUGCUUCUUUACCCAUAGAACCGCAAAAAGUACUACCUGGUACUAUGAAAAACGAGGCGCCUGCAGUUACUAUAUUUGGAGAAACAAAAGUCACAACCUCUACCGGAAAUCCUUUGCAACUAAAAUGUAGAGUGACCGGUUAUCCUAAACCUAAAAUUUCAUGGGAAGAUGCCUUCGGAACGACACUGACAUCUACGGUAUCGACUGUAAGGGAGGAAUAUGAAUAUUUAAAUGUGUUAAACAUAGAAAAAGUUCAUCAAAGUAGCACUUACAUUUGUAAAGCUAGCAAUAUCAUUAGCAGCGAUGAAAAAAUCGUUGAAGUUGAUACAGGAGAUCGUUUUGCUGUAGUAAAAUUUUCUAAAGAUAAAAAGGUUGAGUAUAAUAAAGAGGAAAAAUUAUUUUGCAAAGUAAACGCCGACCCACCAGCUAAUGUGUUUUGGUAUCUAAACGGAAAUCAAGUUGAAGCAAAUGAUGACUUCGAUAUAUCACCAGACAAAUCCACUUUGACUAUAAAAAAAAUGAAACCAUACUAUAUCGGAACAGUUUUAUGCGAAGUUCGGAACAGUGUAAAGAGACUUAUGUAUAAUAUGAAAUUGUCAAUGACUGGAGCUGUGGGACCGGAAAUAGAUAAAAAAACAACUGAAAUAUUUGUGAUAGAAGGAUCCAGUGCAAUUGUUUCGUGCAGGAUUUUAAAAGGAAAUCCAAAGCCGAUGAUUAAUUGGACCUUCAAAAGUAAAAAUAAUGAUACAUUUUAUGAUAUUAAAGAAUAUAAUGAAGAUAUACGUAUUGAAAAAGUUAGUACCAAUGAUGUUGGGACUUACAAAUGUGUUGCGAAAAAUGAUAUCUCCGAGGAUUCUCACAUUUUAGACUUAACUAUUGAAUAUGCUCCUGUUGUCCUGGGACAAAGCAAUAUUUAUAUCAAUCAACAAAUUGGGCAAAAGAUUUUAAUAUCCUGUGAUAUAAAAGGAGAACCAGAACCAUUUAUCAGUUGGUUUUUGAAUGGACUAAUGAUCGUAGAGUCGGAACUUUACCAAAUAGACAAGGAUAACACUUUAACUUUCGAGGCUUCCAUUAAAACUAUGGGACAAUAUUCUUGUGAAGGUGUAAAUAAAUUUGGAUCUAUUAAAAAGAUUGCAAACGUAAGCGUUUUUGAGCCACUCAAGAUUGAUUUAGGAGAAACGAAAAUUAAUAUUGAGGUUGGAAGGCAGUUAAGCUUGUCUUGUCCAGUCAAGGGGUAUCCAAAACCAAAGAUACAGUGGACAUUCAUGCCACUAUACGAUUUAGAAUUGAGAAAUCUUAGCAGCAGCAACGCUCAGUUACAAAUUCCAGAAGUUAAGACGAAUGACAGCGGUUAUUACUUUUGCACUGUGACUAUUUCUGGUGAUGAAAAAACCCAUUUAUUCUUUGUUAAUGUUAAAGAACCAAUCAAGUCGACAGCCAAGAAAAUUGUUGCUGUUGACGGUGACCAGUUUCUAAAAAUACCGUGCGAGAGUGCUGCAGAACCAAAGUCAACAAUAUCAUGGUUCAAAAAUGGUGCACCUAUAACUGUAGGAAAUGAAUGGCACACUUUGGAGUCAGAUGGGAGUUUGAUUAUUAAAGAGAUUAAAACACCCACUGCUGGAAUAUACGACUGCGCCAAUGACGAUCGCAGCAAAGUGUAUGAAUCUUUUGAAGUAAACGUUGCAAUGCACCCGGAUGCGAAUAAUCUGAAUUAUAACAUAGAAUAUUUCAUAGAAAAUAAAAAUGGAACAGUACCAUGCAAAGUAGCGCAAGCGACUACUGAUUAUAUACUGUGGUACAAGGUGUAA